AUGUCUAGGAAAAAUCACCGAACUGGUCGCAUACGUUUAGAAGAUCCUCGCCCUCCACCUCCCGCCACCUACCUCGAGGUCUUGCUGGCCGCAUACGAAAUUAAGAGGAUUAAAAGACAGCACAGCCAACAAACCCUUUUUAUCUUCAUUCUGUCGACAAAUUUACGCCAUCUUUUCCGUUCGGUAGGCGAAUACUCUUUUUUCCAAGAAGCGACGACAGGGAAGUCUUCGCCCAACAUCAGCAUUCUGAAGGGAUUCGGGUUUCGUUGUCCUCCUAAUGGAGAGCUCUAUGAGUAUGGGUUUCUACUUGUCGAGACACUGGAUCCAGAUGUAGCCUGGGACUCACAGGAAAUCAUGUCAAAGCCGUAUGCGAGGACUGUGAGACUGAGACGAAGAAUGUUUAUGCCAUGCUCCAGAUGGGCUUUGAGGUUCAGUUCUACAAGCAUGAGAACUUUGUACUUGAGGAGAUGGGUGGGAUAA